AUUUGAGUAUUUGACACCCAAAGCUAAACAACACGCGCUAACCUAGCCCGUCCUCCAUCCAGCUGUAAAAAUUUUCCACCUUGUCAAUCUUCAAGUGUACGUACGAGUGCUGCAAAGUGGUGGAAUUGCAUCAUUUUUUUCGUACGUAUUCUUCAUCCCGAAGAGAAUAUCGUGGUGAACAACUGCAUCCAUUGAAACGUGCAGUUAAUCAGUCGAGCACGAUGGUUAAUUCUCCACAUAUCGAAGAAGGCAGUGGUGAAAAGUUAGCGCGUAAGGCGCGAGAGUCUCCCUUCAUGCCUAUCGGUUUGGCUGGUCUGGCGAUUGUAUGCGGAGUUGGUGCAUACAAAUAUAAAACUCGAGGUGCUAUGUCCACAUCGGUGUUCCUAAUGCAGCUACGAGUCGCGGCUCAGGGAACAGUAGUAGGAGCCUUAACACUGGGAUUGGCCUAUACAAUGCUUAACGAGUACUACUUCAAUAAGAAGGACGAUAAAUAGACCCUUAUGGAUUUAAGAUUAUAAAGGAGAGUAUGGCUUGCGUACAGCAGCAAAAGUAUUAUUCCUAUUCAAAACACUAUACUUACUCUACUGGACAAUUCAUCAGAUGAUUAUCCUUCAACUCCCACUGUGAUUGUUGAACAAGGAUGAUGUGAUAUGCAUGUUACUGCGUUUGAUGAACACCGACAUAGUCCAAAAAAAAUUCGUAUAUUAAGAUCAAAGAAAAAUCAGUGAACACAGAAAAUGAUGUUUAAGAAAAGUGUAACGGGCAGAAUACAGCAGUCGUGAUGAUUCAGCACAAAUCUCAAAGUUACGUAUGACAUUCUCGAGUGGUUUUAAUUGUGACCAAUGUUGAUUGAACAUUAUAGCUAAUAAAAAUUAUGUUGUUUCAAGAAAUCAAAAUGAUAAAAAAUAAACUGUUCUAUAACAGUGAUAACAUUCAAAACUUGUAUGAAGAUUGUAAUAAUGAUCGUGGAUUUCUUCGAGUGUGAUUUCUUAUGGGUUGAGUAUUCAGUUAAUCAUACUCGAUUUGCUGCUAGUAGCAUCAUAAUACCAGUGGUGCUGUGAUCAUGGAAAUCCAAAGUUAACGAGAGCUCGAUUGUGAAAAAUCAAUUUCCGUACCGAAAUAUAAUUAUAAAGUUAAGUUAUGAUUGAUAAUUGAUGUUGGCGAUAAGAAUCGCCUGAUCCUGAAAACAUAUGUUUCAUCAAAUAUAUAAGAUUAAAUAAUGAACAGA